GUCUAUCUUGCAGAGCAAGGUCACCAGGGAGUUUCCACUGAAGAGCCAUGAAUCAACAGACAGUUUUCCUGAUAAUUGUCUGCACUUGGUGCCAGUUGCAAGGUGGCUGUGCCCAGAGUUCAAGGCCACAUAUCAUUGUAAUAGUGGCAGAUGAUUUGGGCUGGAAUGAUGUCAGUUUCCAUGGUUCUAACCAGAUUCCUACCCCAGCCCUGGACACUUUGGCCUACACUGGGGUGAUGCUGUCUAAUUACUAUGUCUCUCCAAUCUGUACUCCCUCCAGGAGUGCCCUGUUGACAGGGAGACAUCCUAUUCAUACAGGCCUCCAGCACGAUGUCUUGGUGGGUGCUGCCCCCUAUGGUUUGGGACUGAAUGAGACCAUCAUGCCUCAGUAUCUGAAGCAGCUCGGCUAUGAAACUCACAUAGUGGGGAAGUGGCACCUUGGGUUCUUCAAGAAGGAGUACACCCCAACUUUCCGUGGCUUUGACAGCCAUUUUGGCUACUGGCUUGGCGAGGAGGGCUACAGC